AUGUUGCAAGACCGUUUUGCCCAUUUGCGCGUCGUCGACAGCGACUCCGACUCGGACGAUGUGCAACUCAACAGAUACCGCGACGUGAGUCGCCCCUCCGUCACCGCACCGAGACUGAAAGAGGACACUUUUGGGAUGUUGAACCCAGCAGCGCCAGCAGCACCAGCAGCAGCUUCUUUUUUGGUUCCUUCGGCUGCCGGAGGGAAACAAGGCCCGACAAGAGCGACGGCGCCAGCUCAAGAACAGGUACGCUCCACAACUGGUCCACCAUCAGCUGACUUUACUAAUGUCCCUCAUUCGAUCAAGGGAAGUUCCUCGCUCGCCCCAAGCCCUGAGAAAAACUUUCCAAAGCGGAGGCUCAGCAACACUGCAACUACUGCUACCAGAAGGUCUUCGGCGUCUAGGUCAGUGCAAGGAGGUGGAAAACCUAAUGUGCAGAAGGAGUCGCUCAAUUCCACUCGUGUCAUUCCUGUUGUUCCUCCACCGGCGUCCGUUUCAGAGAAAAGUGUGGAGGCGUCCGUGGAGGCGAAAACACCACCAAAAAGUUCCGUGAAGUUGCUACAAGAUCUACGCGAGCUACAAGAGAUAUACGAGCUGCAGGGUUCACAAGAGCCACAAGGGAUAAACGAGCCGCGAAAACUACACGAGCUACAAGAGCCAAAGGCUACGACGGCGACGGCACCAAACGUCGCGGAAAGCGGGAAACAAACGGAGGCGAACUCCAAUACGGUACCAGCUGAGGAGUCAGUCACCGAAAUGGAGGAACCAAGAACCGCAACUAGCGGUCAAGUAAACGAGGAGCUCAAGGAUGCAGCAACCAGCAGUUCAAAGCCUGUAACCUCUACAGCUACUGGUCCUGGGGACGCAGAAGUAAGACGCGUCUUGGCAGAAAAAUAUUGGGAAAAAACGCACGGCUUUGAUCCAUGUAGGCGAGGUAUGCCGCUCUUUGUGGCCCUAGAGCAUAGUCCCUCUAAAUAUGCACAGAUGCAGUUCAAAGCAGAGAAGCGCAACGUAUCGAAGGCCAAACCCGGGGUGGUAAGCGAGUUGGGACCUCGUCAAGGCGAGAGUGAGCAGAAUACUUCGGAACUCGAAAGAGAAACAAAGUUCCCUGACGAGGAAUUGGUUGUGGCUGCCCGUGAAGAUGGGUUCAAUCAGGAAGAGGACGCGGGGGUUGCGGUGCCCGCGAUUACUAUGUCUAGCGUGGCUCUUAUGAAGAAUGAAGCUGCAGGGGGCGCGCGUAGCAUUACACAGACAAACGAAGGUGGCGAGAUGCAACAAGAGCACGCAACACACCCGAGUAGCGCUUCUGGAAAGGGAAGCGAGGUAAACGAGCCUAAUGCUUCUCAUAAGGCUGCCUUGAUGAAAGAAGGGGUUAACGAGUUGCACAAGACAGCAACUUAUGUUAACAGUGAAAUGGAGGACAAUGUGGGGGAUGGACCGGCUCGUCCUACGGAAGGAAAUCAGACCUUUCUUUUGGAACCAUUUGAAAAGGUCCAAAGCGUUCCCUUGAACAAUAAAGGUAGCGCUGAGUUGCCAAGUAGCGCACACGCAAGUGGAUGUGUCGAGAGCGCGAAGACGUCUCAAAGCAAUCGGAGGAGUAUCAAGAGCGACGUGAGUCAUUCCAUCACGGGGAUUGAGCAAAGGGGGAAGUUGGAACGUGUUCCUAACGACGAUGGGUCUUGGGUCAAGCAAGAACAACUCAUGAAUGGUGGGAUCAUGAGCAGCUCUCUGACGGAGAAGCGUGAGGCUCAUUUACUGAAGGAAGGUGCUGUGCCGGAAAAUAAUGAGACUUUUAACAAGAGCACGGAACCACCGCACACGUCGGGACUAACCGUCGAUGUCCUGCGAAAUUACAUUUCAAACAGCUAUGAAGAGGGACCCAGAGGAGAACACGCUGAAGGUAUGGAAUACACGGACUCCUCUUUGUAUAAGACGUGUCUUUCCCCAAGGACAAACGACGAUGGGGGUCUUUGGAGGGGAAGAAAUCUGCCCAAGCGUUAUGCUUAUCCCAAUUACUGUGGAAGAGGCCUUUCAACGACGCCAGGGCUGGCUAUACCACCUUUUCACAGACGCCUCAUUUUGGACAUGGAGGAGAAGAUGCAGCGAGAGAGGAGGGCUCUAGAGCACUCGCUGAACGAAUACACAUUUCACCCCCAGACCUCUGCUGUAAUGCGUGGAAGGUUGCCUCAACGGCGAAAUAAAUUAACAAACGCUGAUUUAUCGGAAUCGCCGCAUCAGAGUUUGGCAGUGACUCCACGACGUGCCUCAUCGCGGCGCAUAGUAAUGGAGGAUCCACGACCUAUAUUUACACCAGAGAUCUCCAAAUUAGCGCGAGAGACACAGCGGUCGAACCUACCUUACCAUGAACGUUUGUACACGACAAAGCCCACCUUGUCACGGGUGAAUGCAGCCGGCGUUUCAAACGACCCUUCCCAGCAUUUGUCAUCACACAUGUUGGAGCUUAUUGACAAUUCAACCUCUCCACUGUUUCAUCCGAUCAUAUCUCCUAGAGCCAGAAACAUUGAGAACGCUGCUCCGUUUUAUCAACGCCUCUACCAAACGAAGGAGGAGAUGGAGCGACGUCGCAGGGGUAGUUCUGCUGGACAGUCACCCACUGUCCCACUUCGUCAAUCACCACGACAUAUUAAAGUGUCUCAGCGCCUCUUGGAGCGUCCUACGCCACCGAGGGAAACGGUAAUGUACUCGUUCCAUCCGGAGAUUUCACCACAAGCCAUGUCCAUAGAAAAUCGAAAUCCAUUUUAUCAACGCCUCUACCAAACGAAGGAGGAGAUGGAGCAACGUCGCAGGGGUAGUUCUGCUGGACAGUCACCCACUGUCCCACUUCGUCAAUCACCACGACAUAUUAAAGUGUCUCAGCGCCUCUUGGAGCGUCCUACGCCACCGAGGGAAACGGUAAUGUACUCGUUCCAUCCGGAGAUUUCACGGCGUGCGAGGUCCAUGGGGGCUAACGGCCCUGUUCAUGAGCGGCUCUAUCCCACAAAGGAGGAAAGAUCGGCGGUCUUACAACGACAGCAGGAUAGAUUUGAUGAGCUUUUGGCCUCCUUUCAGCCUUCCAUUACGGACCGUGGCAGCCGUGCAUACAAGGAUUCUGGUGUGGUGAGACAAAAUGCAGUUAGGCGGCUGACGGAGCCAAAAGAGCAGCCCCGGAAGUUUGUUGACCCCUCUCUCACCUUUCAUCCCUUUAUCACGCAAAAAGCUAAGAAUUUGAAAACUGGGAGUUCGGCGGCAUCAUCUUGGCGGAUCAGCAAUUCAAAUUAG